AUUAUAUAAGACAACCCAGAGACUUUUAGUGAAACAGAUAAUGUUCAAUCAACUUUAUAUUUUGUCCGCUUCUGUGCUCAUAUCAGUAUUGGAAAAAGCACGAGGGAUUGGUGUUUUGAAAAAUAACUUGUAAAUACUGGAAUACUUCAUAAUCAAGUUUAUUUGGAUAGUGAUUUCUGAAAGUAUGAGUGCCGAAUCCUUUGAUACAUCUCUUAUGCCACUGGCAACGGACAACGGCACAUUUCCGACGGAAUUGCCACCAGGACACAGUCCUCUGAAGUCACCAACAUACUUAAAGGCUAUUACAAUAUCUAUGUAUUCAAUUAUCAUUAUUCUUGCUGUUGGUGGAAAUAGUAUCGUUUGCUACAUUGUAUUCCGAGCCCGGAGGAUGAGGACAGUGAUGAACUUUUUUAUUGUCAGUUUAGCACUCAGUGAUAUUUUGAUGGCAAUAUUUUGUAUUCCGUUUACAUUUCUUGCCAAUCUUGUAUUUAACUAUUGGCCAUUUGGAAACAUUUUGUGUCCAGUUGUGACGUAUUUACAAGUAGUUUCGGUAUUUUUGAGCUCAUUUACACUUGUUGCAAUAAGCUUAGAUAGGUAUAUUGCAAUUAUAUACCCACUUCGAAGGAAACUUACGAAAAAGCAAGCAUUCAUAGUUAUUGCUAGCAUUUGGGUUGUAUCAUUUUUAAUUCCCAUUCCUACAGCGGUGACGUCACGGUCACAAAAAUAUGUAAAUACAUCAACAGCUCCUGCAUUUUGUGAAGAAAUCCUUUGGGAGACUGAAGGUGCAAAACUUACUUACAAUGGAGUACUGUUCUUUUUGCAAUACAUAAAUCCGUUGGUAAUUUUGAUCGUAACUUACGGACGGAUAAGCUAUGUAAUGUGGGCUGUCAAAACUCCUGGCGAGGCCAUGUCAUCAAGGGACCAGCGUAUGUCUGAAUCUAAACGAAAGAUUAUAAAGAUGAUGAUUACUGUUGUUGUGAUUUAUGCCAUUUGUUGGCUUCCCCUGAACAUUAUCAACUUUGUCGGAGCCAUAGACAUUAGAAUAUAUAAUAUUCGAGGCAUGAAUUAUAUUUGGAUGGGAAGCCAUUGGCUUGCAAUGAGUAACUGUAUGUAUAACCCUUUCAUUUAUUGCUGGAUGAACGCCAAAUUCCGGAAUGGCUUUUUGAGAGUUUUCAGUUGUUUUACAUGUGGAGUGAUAGAUUGUCAAGAUAGACUGGAACUUGAACGACUGCGGCGCCAAGAUACAAUGCUCACAUCUAUGAAUGGAAAUAGUGGAUCUUCAAGAAGAUUUAAUUCAUCAAAACGUUCAUCUUCAAAUUCCAAAAGAUCAUACUGUGACUAUACUGCUAUAAAAGAAAAAGGCAUUCAAUAAUAAAACUAGUUUUGUAGCACUUAGAUGUAAAUAAAAGAUAUAUGAUGUUUA